AUGAAGGGCGUCGACGACGCGUUCCUCGGAGUCGGCGACAAACCAGGGCUGGACAUCUGGUGCAUUAUGGGCACCAAUGUAGUCCCAAUUGCAAAGAAUUUGCAUGGCAAAUUCUACACUGGGAACUGCUAUAUCGUACUCAGUACAUCUGAGCUCAAGAGGGGAAGUCGGCAACACAAUGUGCAUUACUGGGUAGGGGAAGAAGCGAAAGAGGAACACUGUGUGAUGGCUUCCGACAAGGCCUUUGAGUUGGAUGCGGCACUGGGCUCCCAAGCUGUCCAGUACAGGGAAAUGCAAGGUGAAGAAUCUGACAAGUUCUUGUCAUACUUCAGGCCAUGCAUAAUCCCUGUGCAAGGCAGCUUCUCUUCGCACUGGAGAAGAUCUGCGGAGGAAUGCGACCAGACCACAAUGUUUCGGUGUGAAGGAGAGCAUGUAGCUCGUGUCACAGAAGUUCCGUUUUCGCGUACCUCCCUGGAUCAUAAGGCAGCGUUUAUAGUUGACACUCCGUUGAAGAUCUUCCUUUUCAGCGGUUGUAAUUCUAGUGUGCAAACAAGGGCAAAGGCAUUAGAUGUCAUUAAGUACCUGAGAGAAAACCGACAUUCCGGUAGAUGUGAAAUUGGGACAAUAGAGGAUGGAAAGCUUGUUGGUGAUUCUGAUGCUGGUGAGUUUUGGAACCUGUUUGGAGGCUAUGCACCUAUUCCCCGUGAUGUACCAGAUGCAGCCAAUGGGGAGCUGAUGACUACCACAUCCAAGAAACUUUUUUGGAUUAAUAAGAGAAAACUUGUUCCGAUGGAUGCACACUUGUUAGAUAGAGAAAUGCUGAAGUCUGACAGAAGUUACAUACUGGACUGUGGAACUGAAAUAUACUUGUGGUUAGGGAUGGCAACACUGGUUUCAGAGAGGAAGAUAUCCAUUACUGUCUUAGAGGAUUAUGUACGAAGUCAAGGAAGAUCAUCAAUUGGUCAAACUGUUAUAACGACUGAAGGUCAUGAAAUUGCCGACUUUAAGCUGCAGUUUCAGCAUUGGCCGAAGAAUGUCGUCCAAAAGUUAUAUGAGGCAGGGAGAGAGAAAGUGGCAGCAAUUUUCAAGCAUCAGGGGUAUGAUGUUGCAGAAAUUCCAGAAGAUAAACCUCAACAGUCCAUCAGUAGUAAUGGUUCUCUGAAGGUAUGGCUGGUGGACCGUGGUUCUGUAACCCUCCUUUGCACUGAGGAGCAGGAGGAACUGUAUAAUGGGGAUUGCUAUAUUGUACAGUACAGCUAUGUUGAAGAUGGAAAAGAUUAUAAUCUGUUCUUUUCUUGGUCUGGACAAAAUAGCGUACAGGAAGACAGACUUGCUUCAGUUUCAUUGAUGUCAAGCAUGUCUGAUUCAGUCAAAGGUCCUGCAGUUGUGGGGCAAGUGUCUGAGGCCAGAGAACCAGAGCUGUUUUUCCUAGUAUUCAAGUCCUUGAUCAUAUUCAAGGGUGGUAGGAGUGCUGCAUAUAAGAACUCUGUUCUGCAGAAAAGCAAUAGAACUGAAGGGUACCAGAAAGACGGGGCUGCAUUAUUCCGGGUUCAAGGGCUGAGACAUGAUUGCGCAAGAGCCGUUCAGGUUGAUCUGAUUGCAAGCUCGCUUAAUUCCUCGCACUGCUAUAUUUUGCAAGACGGUCCUUCUUUCUUUACCUGGACUGGAAGCCUUUCUUCACCAACUGAACAUGUUAUACUUGACAGGAUGAUGAAUAAGUUGUUUCCACUAAAGCAAUCGUUUCUAUUAAAAGAAGGUUCUGAACCUGAUCACUUCUGGAAAACAUUAGAAGGAAGAUCAGAGUACUCCAAAGAGAAGUGUGUCAAGAGUUGGCCGGCAGAUCCACGUCUGUAUACCUGUACUUUCCAGCAAUGUCUGUUCAAGGCAAAGGAGGUAUUUACCUUCUGUCAGGAUGAUCUGGCAACUGAGGAGACCUUGAUACUGGACUGCGGCGAGGAAAUUUAUGUCUGGGUUGGACUUCACUCAGGUGUCACGUCCAAAGAGCAUGCCCUCGACAUCGGCAAGAUGUUCCUUCAGGCAGGCAAUGCUGAGGAUGGGCGACGGUCCAUCUUUGACACAACUGUUUAUGCUGUCGCGGAAGGGGAUGAGCCUGCAUUUUUCACCAGCUUCUUCAACUGGGAUAACUCAAAACAAGUUGCAUCCGUUCUGGGCAACUCGUUUGAGAGGAAGCUGGCGAUGCUGAAAGGGAUUUCACCAAAACUGGAGGCACCGGACAGGAGCUUGCGGAGAUCAUCCUCGAGAAGGCCAGGGACAUUGUCAGAGCCGACCACACCGGAGCAGCACCAGCCGGCAGCUAGGAGGACGUUCGGCCCUGCCUCUGCCUCUGUCGGGAGGGUAGCCAAGGAGAGAUCAGGAUCAUCUCCGGCACUGUCGCCGUCGCCGGUAACACCAUCCUGGUCUUCCAGGAGCCGCGCCUCCUCCUCGCCGUCGUCGCCGUCCACACCGGUGAUAGCGCGGAGGCUCUUCCCGUCCACGCUGCACGGAGCCCCGCACGCCGCCUCCGCUACAGCCACUGCGAGCCCCGCUCGACGACGCUGA